UGAAUGUGAAAGACUUGCCUUUCAGGGCACGAACGGUCCUUGUUACUUUUUUAACUCUAAUUGACAGUACAUGGCAAAAUGUAACUUUUCUAUUUUAAUAUCCAGCUCAAUACAGGACACAUUAUGUUUUUCAUAGUUCAGAAAAACACAAUCACUGUACUUAUACUCACACUUUGAACAGUGGGGUGUAAUUAGUCUGAUUGGAGAGCCCCGUAGCAGUUGAAAGGCUCUCUUGUAUUGGAUGACGUCUUAAGCUCCACCCUCAUUUCACUGGUGUGUAAAAUGUGUGUAUGUGUGUUUGCUCUGAGUGUUUGUGAAGUCAGGCCUGAAAGAACAGCACUGCUAACCACUCAGGAGAGAUAAGGAGAAAAAGAGUAAUUUACUGAACAGCAGGAAUCAGUUUUAACCUUUGAACAAGCAUAACUUCACAUGGUAAGCACAUUCGUUUAGUUCCCAGCAUUUGAGUCAUUUCAUAGUGAGGACAUACUUUGAAUUCUAAUGGAACUGGAGAACGUCUGGGGUUGGGCACUAUAAAAGGCUGGGCUUUGAACUGCCUGUGCAAUAGUGAACACACUUUGGAACUUUGAAACAAGAAACUAUGGAAAGAAAGCUGUCAGCAAUAGCUGGACUGCUGCUUCUCUGCUGCACCCUUACUGACCAGACCCAUCAGCAUAAGGUGCAAAAACCCACAUUAACGUCUCAAGGCCAAGACUGUACAGCCAUCAAAGAUUCCAGUCCUAAUGCUCAAAGUGGAAUUUACAUUAUACAGCCGAAAGGAGUUCAUAAACCUUUCAAGGUGUACUGUGAGAUGCUGGCUGAUGGGGGCUGGACAGUGUUCCAGAGACGUACAGGGGGGAAAGUAUCCUUCCAAAGAAACUGGGCAGAGUACAAACAUGGCUUUGGAUACCUCAAAAAGGAUCACUGGUUGGGCCUGGCCAAAGUGUGGGCUCUUACCAGGAGCAAUGAUCAGAAGUCCAUCCUCAGAGUAGGCCUGUGGGACUUUGAGGGGGGAUCAGCUUUUGCAGAGUACAGAGAUUUCAGAAUUGGCAAUGAGGCGGCGGCCUACAAACUGAGUGUCGGAACUUAUAAAGGCACUGCAGGUGAUGCUAUACGCGGAGCAUACAGUGGCAUUGACCAGAAUGGCUUUGGAUUCAGCACAAAGGACCGAGACAAUGACGGCUGCUCCCCGUGCAUCUUUGGAGACAUCGCUGAGCGCGAAUGCAGCUCAUCAGAGGGUGGGGGCGGCUGGUGGUUCAGCCGUUGUGGCUCAGCCAACCUCCAUGGAGACUGGCACCCAGCGGGGGACAACGUAGGCUGGGCGUCAGGGGUGCACUGGCGCACGUGGAAAGGCCCGGCCCCAUACUCCCUACAAGCCACUCGAAUGAUGGUGAAGUCUGUGUGAGGACACCUCAUCCAGUGUGACACUCAGAGGGUUUAAUCUGAGACACUCAGGCUUCUGGUCCAGUAAGAUUUCUGUGCUUGCUCCAGUAAUUUCAUUGAGUGAAAAUUGUGUUCUUAUUUCUCUUAGUUCUCUCACUUUAUGCGGCGGCAGUCGCAUCACGCACAGCUUUGCAGUAUAUCUAGUUGAGGUGACUGAUGUGAUCAGGCUAUUGAUAUUUUAGAAGAGUGAGUAAACAUAAUCACACACACAUGUCUAUACCCUGUGGAGUGGCCCAACAUACUGUGCAUAAAAUGGGCCGCCACAGACCUGGCCGACCAUUCUGGAUCUUUUUUGUGGGAGUACUGCUCUUCUAGAUUUUGGAAUAUUCUUUGCCUUGCUUUGUGAACGUUUUGAUUAAUGAUCAGUUUCUGUUCUGUGGCUGCUGAUCGUUUUAACACUCUGGACUUCUUCCAUGUGCCUUGUGUCUACGUUCUGUGUGUAAUGGGCCUACUAACUGGGAUCUGACUAUGCUUUGAGUGCAUAUUAUGUAGGAAUAAAGUGUAUAUUAAGUAUAAAUAAAGUUUCAUUAAAUGUCAA